AAGAAUGUGUGUCUAGAAAUAAAUGAAAUUUGUGUAAUUAUUUACUUUUAAUUAACAAAAAACAUCAAUAUAAAUAUUGAAUAAAAAAUUCAAAAAUAAAAAACGCGGUGAAGAAAUAUAAGAAUAGUUUUCUCGCAAAUAAAUCAAUGUUGAACUUUCUCCUUGAUGAACUAUCAAAUGGCGUAAGAAUUUGUCGAGUCUUAUAAUCAUUGGUAGCUCGGUUAAAAUUCGAACGAACAAAACGAGGACGCGGGAUCAGAGAAAGGGUAAAAAAGUGAAGGGAAAGGAGGAAGAGGAGAAGGAGUAAGAGUAGGAGUAGAAGUAACAUUAGUAUGUAGCAGCUGCAGUAACAACAUAACGAGAACAAGAAGGAGGUUGAGAAGCAAGAAAAAAAAAAAUAAAAAGAAAAAGAGAAAAAGAGAGGAACUAAAAACACGAAUCUAUUCAUGAGGAAAGUGCUAUUCUGAUACUCAUCUGCUAGUUCUUUCGUACAUCGAUGAUGGCCAAGUUAAAAGAAGAGAAUUACGGAUGUGCAUUAAGCGAAGCCACGAAAACGAUCGCUCGUUUUGAACUUCGUGAAGACGAUGCUACUAGGGAAGAAGCACUGAAACAAUUCAGACACUGGAUCCAAAAGCAUCCAAAUAUCAAGCAUUGUAGAACAGAUGCAGCCUUUCUUCUCAGAUUUCUCAGAACCAAGAAAUUCAGUGUACCGAUGGCAGAAGAAAUGCUCGAACGUUACCUGACUAUUAGACAAAUGUAUCCAAACUGGUUUCAAAAUCUCGACAUUGAAGAUAGAGAUAUCGAAGCUAUAAUAGAUGCUGGUUAUCUGAUACCAUUGAUGGAACGUGAUCGUCACGGUCGACGAGUGAUUCUUUCUUGCGCUGGACGCUUUGAUCCAUACAAAUAUACAUCUGCUCAAAUGGCUCGAGCUCACAGCCUCGUCGUGGAAGCUUUAAUGGAUGAUGAAGAAAAUCAAGUGCGUGGAUAUACACACAUUAAUGAUGAAUCUGGAUUAACAAUGGGUCAUCUCAGUGCUUGGUCUCUAACAGAUAUUCGUAAUAUGUUACGAUGCAUCCAAAAUAGUACACCCAUGAGACACAAAGAAACGCAUUUUGUUAAUAUUCCAACUUGUGCAAUCAAGAUCAUCGAGUUUGGCAUUUCUCUUCUCAACGAUAAGUUAAAAAGUCGAAUUUUGGUACAUAAGAGUUUGGAUGAAUUAAAAAAUGCUAUUGAUCCAAGUAUUUUACCUAAAGAAUAUGGAGGAGAAAUUCCACUCUCUGAGAUGAUUGCCAAUUUCAAAAAAACUUUGAAGGAACAAAGGAAUCGAAUAAAAGAUCUCGAUGAUAUGUAUAUUGAAAUUUCAUCGACAGAUUGCCAGUAUGUUUCAAACAAUGAUUUGUGUGGUAUAUCUGGUUUUUUCCGUAAAUUAGAAGUUGAUUGACAAUUUUUUUUUCUCAUUAAAAAAUCAUUCCCUUUUUCAUUAUUUCACAUUCAACUGAAACUUGAAGUUAUUUGUGUGCGCCUAGAUAAAUACCUUUUAUUUUAUGUUCAGAUCAAGAACUCUCCUGCCGGUGGUAUUAGUUACCUAUUAAUUGUUUCAAUUUACAUACAAUAUAGCAUUUGUAAUAUAUGACAUAUACUGUACAUCCUUUAAAAAAAUAAUUUUAUACAUCGACGCAGAAGUAGUAAGAUAACAAAUAUCGAUGCGUGAAUCGAACAAGAUGCACAAGUUGCAAUCAUGAAACAAUGUAUACUCAAAAAAUAUAUAUCGAAAAAAAAGCAUUUUACAUUCGAUUUCGAAUGAAAAUUUUUUUUACAAUUAUAUAAUAUAACUUAAUUUAAAGAUUGAAAUAUUUCAAUGACACAUGUAACAUAUGUUAAAAUAUAUAUUGUAUCAAUACUCUGUUUUCC